CCAGCCGAUCCGAACGGACACGGAAACAAAAGAAAAUCUUUUUCCCAUCAGUGAAUUAUUAUUCUUUUUUUUUUCAACGUAAAUAUAAAAAAAACACUGUUGAGUGAGUGAAUCAACAAAAACUGAUUUUAGUGUUUUAAAAUAAAUUGUUUUAAUAUCUUGGUGCUUCCAGUUAUUAGAAUUUCGUACCCACACAAGAAAGUGCAACAACCACUUGCUUAAUUAUCGAUAUAAAUAUCUCUAAAUAAAAAAAAAAAAAAAAUUCUUUUCUUUUAACCGAAAAAGAAAGAGAAAAAAAAAUGGCGACCGGUAAUGGGAAUGGCGGUACAAGCGCCGGAAGUACGUCCGGAAGCGGUCUUGGUAGUCUAGCUGGUAGUGCUAAUGUUGGCACGUCGUCGGGCAAUAGCAGCAGCGGUGCCGGACUUUUAUUCCCAUCCAUUGUGGAAUUGAACGUGGGCGGCGUCCACUACACGACGACCCUGUCGACGUUGACGCGAGAUCCCGAUUCGCUGCUGGGACAAAUGUUCACGGGCCGCUGGCGUCCCGGCCAGGUCCAGCAGCCCGUCCUGCGCGACUCCAAGGGCAAGUACUUUAUCGACCGCGACGGCGUCCUCUUCCGCUACACGCUCGACUUUCUGCGCAACCAGAAACUGACGCUGCCCGAGAACUUUCACGAGUGCGAGCGGCUCAAACAGGAGGCCGACUACUUCCAAAUGGCAGAGAUGAGGACGACCUUGUUGGCCGCGACUAGCGCCGCCAACGCAUUAGCUCGAUUGGCUAUCCAGCAGCCAACGUCCAGCGACAUGUCGGCUGAUGAGAAUGAGCAAGACCUCAUUGCUGCCGGCGAUAUUCCGUCGCCCCCAGCCGAAUUAGCUGUCGCUCUUCCGCGCUCUUCCGGAUACAUCACCGUCGGCUACCGCGGAACGUUCGCUUUCGGACGCGACGGGCUGGCCGACGUCAAAUUCCGCAAACUCUCCAGGAUCCUGGUCUGCGGCCGGGUGGCCCUCUGCCGCGAAGUCUUCGGCGAGACCCUCAACGAAUCUCGCGACCCGGACCGCGGUGCCACCGACCGCUAUUCCUGCCGAUUCUUCCUCAAGCACACCUUCCUCGAACAGGCGUUCGACAUGCUCCAGGAAGCCGGUUUCCAGUGCGUCGCUUCCUGCGGAUCUGGCACCGCAUCCGCCGGCACCGACAUCAAACCGGGAAUGGAUUCAGAAGAGAACCGCUGGAAUCACUACAAUGAAUUCGUCUUUGUUCGACGUUGAUUGCGUUUUUUUUUUUUGUAAUGUAGGAGAAAUCUAUAUAUGUUUUUUUUUUUUUUCAUUAUUCUCUAUCAAUUCAAAUUACAAGUAUUUUGUGUUCGAGGGAGUUUUUCUUUUGUUAUUGAAGCGUAUUAUAGCAGCCAUUGAUUCAUAUUCUUCCUCUCGCUAUUGAAAAUAGGCUAGGUUUAAUUUAUUAUAUAGUUGAAAAUUAUUUUUUACGUUUCUCGUUUCCUUACACAAGGUAUAUAUGUAUACCUGUAAUUAUUAAGGAUAUCAGUUGUGUUUUUGUGAACUGGAAAUCGAUUUGAAACGAUGAUUGUGUCUCCCUCAUGAUUUCGCAUAUAGGCUGUUAUAACGAGUCGAUUGUUUUGACAAUUUUUUUUUUUUUUUACCUUCUGUAUUACGCUGUUUCUGUUUAUUGCAUAUCUAGUUACUAUAUACGUUAGCAUAUUUUACCUGCUGUUGAAUUGUUAUUUUGCACGGUGGGUAACGAAACAAACAAACAAGCCACGAAUCGAAGAUUUUCAACUCCAAAACUCUCUCCUCCCCUCAAAAAAGGAAAAACCCAUAAAACAAAUUUUUAAAAAUUACUUAAUAUUGUAUGCUUUCUGUUAUUCCUGUCAACUAUAGCCUAGUUGAUUUAAAUUGACAUUCAUUUGACCCUCUCAUAUUUCAAAGAAAUAGAAUCCCUUUUCCCUCCCAAUUGUUCGCCCUGCUAAAAUAUGAUCUUUGAUAUAUUUAACUAAUAUUUAGUUUUUAGAACGAAUUAAAAAAA